AUGUGUAUAAGAGACAGUGCUAGCACCGUGCUGACGUGCUGCCUUCGUCAGCUGCUGCUAGCCUCUGUCACCGUGCUGACGUGCUGCCUUCGUCAGCUGCUGCUAGCCUCUGUCACCGUGCUGACGUGCUGCCUUCGUCAGCUGCUGCUAGCCUCUGUCACCGUGCUGACGUGCUGCCUUCGUCAGCUGCUGCUAGCCUCUGUCACCGUGCUGACGUGCUGCCUUCGUCAGCUGCUGCUAGCCUCUGUCACCGUGCUGACGUGCUGCCUUCGUCAGCUGCUGCUAGCCUCUGUCACCGUGCUGACGUGCUGCCUUCGUCAGCUGCUGCUAGCCUCUGUCACCGUGCUGACGUGCUGCCUUCGUCAGCUGCUGCUAGCCUCUGUCACCGUGCUGACGUGCUGCCUUCGUCAGCUGCUGCUAGCCUCUGUCACCGUGCUGACGUGCUGCCUUCGUCAGCUGCUGCUAGCCUCUGUCACCGUGCUGACAUCCCUUGAGGAGAGCUAA